AUUCUCUUUCCCCCCCUUCCCUUUCCCAUCCUCUCUCUCUCCCGAUUUCACGCCCCCCCUUCUGCCGCAUGCUGCAAGUAGGGAAAGAAUAACAUCGCCUGGCUUCUGCUGUUUCUUUCUCUUGUCGACCGCCGACCUCUUCGAUUUCAAGUUUCAACCCUCGCGAUCAUCAGGAACCCUCUCGCCAGCCGCUCGAGUGCAGGCAUUGUGUGCAGGCUCCAACGAUAUCCGCUCUUUCUCUGGGUUCGCGCGCUUCUUGGACCGACGACUUACUUCUCUUCGUACACUUUCAUUUAAUUGCCUUAUUUUCUGCGCCCGUUCAGCAGGAUCUGAAUCAACCCACCCGACCCUCGACUAUUAUACCCGCGACCAUUCGCACCACCCGCUUACCACCACCCACUCCCAACUAGGCCAGGUCUCAACCCAACGAAGGAGAGGGGAGAAACGACCAACAAAUCGAGACUGUAAUUGGGAAUCCGAGAAAGAGUCAGGAGGAAGACCAAACCAUUCAUCGGGACAGUUCGGAUUAAACAAGGAAACUUCAUAAGGGAUCGACAACCUACAAGCCCCUGGCUUGCGAUAGCCAGACCAACUCCGCCUUACCAUGGACUACUACUACGCGGGCACCGAGAAGCCCUCAGAGCGCUCGAGAUGGACGCCCCUCACCCGCAUGCUCCUCUCCGGAGAGAUGACGCAGGAGAAACAGAAGGAUUUGUCGAUGCGGGAGCGUUUCGACCGUUGGAUGAUUAACGAAGGAUACAGAAGAGUCUUCGUCUUCGUGUUCCUGGUUCUCCACGGCCUCGUCUUUGCCUUCGCCUCCGUCAACUUUGCUCUCAAGGACAAUUUGCAAAUAGCACGAGACACCUUCGGUCCGACUUUCGUCAUCGCCCGUGCCGCCGCCCUCGUGCUCCACGUCGACGUCGCCCUUGUGCUCUUCCCCGUCUGCCGAACCCUCAUCUCUCUGGCUCGUCAAACCCCUCUCAAUGGAAUCAUUCAGUUCGACAAGAACAUCACCUUCCACAUUACCACCGCCUGGUCCAUCGUCUUCUUUUCCUGGGUCCACACCAUUGCCCACUGGAACAACUUUGCCCAGAUUGCCGCCAAGAACAACCUCGGAAUCUACGGCUGGCUGCUGGCCAACUUCGUUUCCGGCCCUGGCUGGACUGGCUAUGUUAUGCUCAUCGCCCUGAUGGGCAUGGUCCUCACCUCGGUCGAAAAGCCCAGACGCGCCAACUACGAGCGCUUCUGGUACACCCACCACAUGUUCAUCGUCUUCUUCUUCUUCUGGUCCAUCCACGGCGCUUUUUGCAUGAUCCAGCCUGACUUCGCCCCCUUCUGCACCAGCAUCGGCACCUCCGCCAUCGGUGUCUUUUGGCAGUACUGGAUGUACGGCGGAUUUGUCUAUCUGGCCGAGCGUGUUGCUCGCGAGGUCCGCGGACGCCACAAGACGUACAUCUCCAAGGUCAUCCAGCACCCCAGCAACGUCUGCGAGAUUCAGAUCAAGAAGGAGCACACAAAGACCAGGGCUGGACAGUACAUCUUCUUCUGCUGCCCCGCCGUCUCUCUGUGGCAGUACCACCCCUUUACCCUGACGAGCGCCCCCGAGGAAGACUACAUCUCCAUCCACAUGCGUGUAGUCGGCGACUUCACCCGCGCCGUCUCGACCGCCCUCGGCUGCGAAUGGGACAAGAAGAAGGACGACAGCAGCAAGGUUGUCGGUGUCAACAGCGACUCCAGCGAGGUCGACCCUGCCCUCCGCCGCGUUCUCCCUCGUGUCUAUGUGGACGGCCCGUUCGGCUCGGCUUCCGAGGACGUUUUCAAGUACGAGGUUUCGGUUCUUUGUGGUGCCGGUAUCGGUGUUACGCCCUUCGCUUCCAUUCUCAAGUCCAUCUGGUACCGCAUGAACUAUCCCCAGCAAAAGACCCGUCUCAGUAAAGUCUACUUCUUCUGGAUUUGCAGAGACUUUGGCUCCUUUGAGUGGUUUCGCUCCCUCCUCCUCGCCAUCGAGGCCCAGGACGUCGACAACCGCAUCGAGAUCCACACCUACCUGACGGCUAAGAUCAAGGCGGACGACGCGACGAACAUUAUGAUUAACGACGCAAACGCCGACAAGGACACCAUUACCGGUCUGCGUUCGCCGACCAACUUUGGCAGGCCCAACUGGGACAUGAUCUUCAGGGGUAUCCGCAAGCUGCACUCACCGGCCGAGGCUGGUGUGUUCUUUUGCGGUCCCAAGGGUCUGGGUAGCUCACUGCACAUCUACUGUAAUAAGUACAGUGAACCUGGCUUCUCCUUUGUGUGGGGCAAGGAGAACUUCUAAGUCGGGUUGCGCGCGACAGCAAAGGCUACAACUUCAUUUCGUUACCCUCUUCCAUUCUAUUAUUUGUCAACUAUACCAGCCUCGUCGCCUGUCUGUAUUCUCCUGAUUUGGCGCGGCCACCAAAACGAUGACGCAGGUUAGAUUGUCUCGGUUACGUUGUAGUUUGAUCCGCGGGGUUGCAUGUAUAUGUAGUUGCGCCGGACGCCAAAAUCGUGAAGCUGGCCGCUUUGGAUAUAUGAGUGACGGCAUCCCCGCAUGCCGCCGUGGGAGGAGAGGGGAAAAAAGGCGUGUGAGGAUUGGAGAGCGAAAGUGAGGAUUUGCAUCGGUGGAUGAUGAUAAUCUUUCGGCGUCAUCCCCGCACUCCCUGUGGAUAUAUACUAUUACUACUACCGACAUUUACAUUGUAUCUAGCGAUGUCAUUAUCAGUAUACUUAGACAUUUUUCAUGACGCAGUAGGGCACAAGA